UUAGAAAACAUAGACACCCACGUCGAACAAAUUCUCCAGAAAUUCCAGGACGUUUUCGAUGUGGCAGUCAUUCAGGACAAGUCCAAAGAGUUGUUGGCGGUGGAAUCGCUCGCUAUGGAAACAGAUGCGUUAUCCAUAAUACGAUUCUGCGAGGACCUUCUUGGCAUCACCAGAAGUUUGAGAGAAUCGUGGUGUUUGGACAGCAUCAAAGUCAACCCCGUCCAAGACAAACAGGUGGAGCAGGCAGAAAUCAACCGAAUCUUCAGUAAAUUUAACCAGCUCACUGAUAGCAUUUCCAAGUAUCAGAAAUAA